CUAGGGAAAACAGACCCUGCCACAGAUCCACUAUGAAAUUCUUCCCUAUCCUGCUGCUGGCCAGCUUGGCCUCCACCUGUCUCGCUGUCCUUAAUGCUGCCGAGUUCAUCCCCAGCAGCCACCCCAGGAAUGAUCUGGUCUCCAGUGAGGACCUUGCUGAGGAGACUGCUAUCUCCAGAGAAGUGCCGGUUUCCAUAAAGGAGGCUGUGAUCGAAUCCAUCAGGAGACUAAAGAAUCAAACGCCUGAGCUGCUUCACCCCACAGCCCAGGAGGACAGUUUCAGAAAUGCUGCACUUCAAUCAGAAGAGAUGAUAGAACUCACUCCCGGGGCUGCAACCACCUUAGAGGAAAAACUGGCCAACCUUGACCAUAAAAUCAGGAAGAAUCUGGACAAAAUGGUGAAAGAAACUAUGAACUAUCUGAAAAGCUUUUUCUCCCGUGCCUCUGAAGUCAUGAGGCCCUGAUGAUGAGGACGCCCAUAUCCCAGGCUGGGCCAUGGGAAGUGGCUACAGAACCCACACACGGCCCACCCCGACCACCAUCUCUUAGCCCCUCACGUUCAUUAUUAAAGCAUUGCAUCCCAAGCCUGGCUCUGUGAUGUCUGUUGGGGCAGGAAAGAAGGACAGAGGCCCCCCACUCUACUAGGAUUCUUCCUUAGUUACCCCACCCCUUUGACUUUAAACCUCUCCUCCUCUUCAGUUUACAAACCUGUUCAAGUUUCCACAUCCCCAACAGUCUGUGACUGUUUCCCAGUCCCGACUGUCUUCACUCUCUCUGUAGAACUGGACACAAUUACUCCUUCUAAAAACUUUCUCCUCACUGACCUUCCAUGACACCGCACUCUCCUGGUUCUCCAAGUUCCCAUUUCCUUUCCUAGCGCGUUUUCUAGCUGCACACUCAGUGCUCCCAGGGUCCCACCCUGCGCCAUCUAUCUUCCUCUACACCCUCAUUUGCCAGGGCCUCAGCUUCGUCUCAGGGUGGAUGACUCCCAUUUACUCAUUCAACAAACAUCCAAGUACUUAUAUUGUGCUGGACUCAUCUACCUAGUAUGUGCCAACCAGCCUCCAACCCUGGCCAGUCUUCACUGUAAAGGCAUAUGGGACUCAGUGGGGAAAGAAAAGCAUGAGAAAAUAAAAUCUCUUUCUCUCUUACAAAUGGAGGGAAGUAUGUGCAUUCAAGGGCAGAUUGGAUGGCUGUAAGGGAGCUAUGAGAUAAGAGAAAAUGUGUGUAUUAGUCUCUGCCCCCAGUUCCUGGCACAGAGCUCCUGAA